AUGGCUGGAAAAUAUUGUAAAGCUGCUAUAGGAUUUCUACUAAGAAGCUUUUCCAACAGAAGAUUUUUUUGGAUAUGUGUGAUCCUUCUUUCUGCUUGGAAUAUGGCAACGAUUUUUAUUCUUAUGAAGAAUAGAUCUGAUACAGAUUCGACAAGCAUUGGCAUAACAACGUCAUAUAUUAGCUGGAUAAAUACAUUUCCGGCCGUUAGCAUAUGCUUGUCAAAAAACAGGAUUACAAAAGAGUUUUCGGAGGCUGUUAAACGUCGUGUUGACCAAUCCCCUUCCUAUACAUACAUAAGGACAUUGUAUGAUUACCUCUUUAUUAAUCCGAAUAACUUAUACUUAAAACAAGAAUAUUGCAAGGAAUUCAAUUCGACCUGUGGUGUUGAUAUUUUAGAUAUGCGGAAAGAGUUGCUUGCCAGCUCGUGUACAGAAUUUAUUGAAAAAAUCUACUUCUCUGAAAAACCUCUGCCGAACUGCGAGGAAAUAUUUAAGUUUCACGAACUAGAAAUGGGAUAUUGCUUUCUAGCCAACAAUUUGAUUGACUAUCAAAAUAUUGAAAAAAUGCCUUUGGUAUAUUCUUCAUUGGACGAAUACCGGAAUCUAAGAUUAGUUCUACGAAGUGGCCUAAUAUAUCGAUACGAUCUAUACAUUCACAGCCCUGAAAACCAGCCAUAUUUUAAUGCUUUAUCCUAUACGAUUACAUCGGAUCCAUCAGUUCACAGUUUUAAUGUGGAAGGGAUAGAAAACCAUCACGAUGUUAUUCAAGAACCAGUCUCUCAAAGAAUGUGUAAAUUCGACACGGAGACUACUGACAAUAGCGUUUUAUACAGUUUUUCCACAUGCAUGUCCGAAAUUCGAAGUGAGAUUGAAAUGAAACUCUGCAAUUGCACUUUAUUCAACAACAGUGGAAAAAAUACCACAAAAUAUUGCGGAGUCGAAGGGAUAUCGUGCUUGGAUAGAGAAAAUCUAGCAGCAAGAGUAAAGAGUCAUGUGGGUUCGAAUAUGGCAUGCUUGCCGUCCUGCAUGGAACAGCAGAUAAGCUACGUUGGGUCUCGAGAAAAAAAUUAUAACGAAUAUGGAGAUUCACACAUGGUCGAAAUCGAAAUAACAUCACCGCCAACAGCCAAAUAUUUCAGAACAGUCACUCAAACAAAACUGGAUUUAGUUGUUGCCAUUGGCGGUGUAAUCGGCCUUUUCACUGGUGCAUCCUUGCUGAACAUCUUGGAAGUUAUUUCAAUGAUUUUUUCUAGGAUAAAGCACAUUUUUACACAUUAAAUUAGUCGUAACGUGAGUAACCGCACACGUGCUUGUGCACUGGAAUACCCGAUACUCCUUCAGUAUACAUAUGUAGUACAUAUGUACAUAUAUGUAAUCUUAUGAUGUAUGUAACGCAUAGAGUAUAAGUAUAUUCCAAACACUCCCCCUAUCCUCUUUCCAUAUCGCACAUUCCGUCACAUCUUUCGCUCUAUCUCGUUCCACCAAUGAAUUCCCAUCCGGCUAUUAUUUAGCGCUCACUCCUCAGGGGUGCACACUGGUGUGUGAUACAGAGAGACCGACACGAUCAAAUAUGACCCUAUACAUACACUUUAAGUACCGGUUAAAAAUACAUUUUAUUUAACUUUUGGAUGCUAGGUGCUUGAAGCAUUUAUGCCCGCUAAAUCGAAUGUAUCUGUAAUUAAUUAUUAUUUUCAAAUAGAUCCAAAUGAUAGUUUGCAAUUUCAUUUUCGAUGAAAAUAUUAAGAUCUCGGGAGUUUUCAGUUUUCACUUUAUGGACAGACGUAUUUACUUUAUGAUUUUUGUAGUGUAAUC